AUGUCCUCUCCUUACGAGCAAGCUCCAAACUCACCCUCAUUUUACAAUACACAAACUUCGACUAAUCCAGUUAUACGAGUGCAAAGUCCAGUCAACGAUUCGUUCCAGUCCGACGAAAAGUAUCGCGAUUCCCAGCCAUCGGUCCCCUCGUUGACCGACAAUCGGCCCAUGCCCGAACGCAAGUACUCUGCUGUGUGGUUCAAAAAGACGUGGGAUGCAGCUGUUAGAGUUGGGACUCUUCCGCGGCUUAUCUAUGGUGGUGUGGUCAUCGUCCUUAUCAUCAUCUGGAUAGGCGUCAUGCUUGCAUUCACCUCUUCCCAGAUAAGCUACGAGAAGCAGAAUGCUGGCGAAACUCCGACCCGCAGAAGGCAGGACAAUAAUACGAAGAGCGGAGCAUUGGGAUUGAAGGGAUCCUUUGUAAAGUUUGACCCAACUUCACGAGCACUCACUGUGACUUGGAGCGGUCUUUACAAGAUGUCUCCUGAAUCAAGCUGGACCCAACUCGGCAACCGCGAUGAUCAGAAUAGUACAAUUUGGCCAAUUCACAUUUACCGAGAUGUCAGCUCGUCGAAAACGGCGUAUGUUUACAACGCCACCGGACCGGACGGAAACACCACCACCGAGACCACUGGAUGGAUGUACAGUGUCGACAAUACUACUGCUAAGCCGAUCGCAGGGCUCGGAUAUCAUCCCUGGGACUCGUUUGACACGGACAUUUCAUUCUCUCAGCUCAAAGUGCAAGACGUUUGGGCCGCCCCGCUCAUGGGCUAUCCAUUUGACAAAUGGGCAGGCAGCAUUGUCUUUGUCGCCAACGAUCCACUCUGGGCUAGCAUAGAUAAUGUUACGGGGGGUGAUGUACUGGAACUGGCCACUGUCCAGAUGACGGAUAGUACUUUAAAUUGGAGGUUCACCUACGAGUUCAACAAUACCUGUGCUUCGGACCACAUCCAAGACUAUCACGAUGAAAGCACGUUCAAUGAAGGUUGUCAUUUGAAAAUCGACUUUAUUGGUUCCCGCCCACCGGUCGUUGUAUUCGCGGCUGUUUCGGCCGUAAUAGUGAACUGGACAUCUGCUCUCUUCAUCUUCAUUCUGACAUGCGAAGCAAUCGUCCUCCGGCGUAAAUACAUGUUGGACGGCACGGAUAUCUUGUCCGUUUGCUUCACUGCGCUCUUCGCUCUGCCUACUAUUCGAUCUUUGCUGCCAGGAGCGCCCGAAUACGGCAUGAUUCUCGACUUGGUCGGCGUCCUGCCGUGUACGAUUCUCGUCGCGCUUUGCACUGUCGCGGUUGCUGUCGCCAAACUGAACAAGCGACGCAAAGAAGAAAAGCUCGAGUAA